CCCAGGAUCCAGAUUCCAGACUUGCUUGCGAGGGUAGAAAAUCAGACGGUUGGGGGAGUGAGGUAAAUGCCCAACCAUCUUCAGUUCCUCUUCCUUGCCUCCUUCUUCACGGUCCUCGUCACCCUUGUUGCCCUCUCUCAUCUCCUGCAGUCCAAGCUCAGAGCUGCUGGAUACGACAUCUCCGAAAUCAUCCUCCUCGGCCUUCCGAAGACAACUACCCCGGACGCACAAGGUCUCGACAUGGCAUCGGCGCAAGAUUUGUUGAAUCUCCAAGACAACAAGGUCGCCCAGGUGGUUGCGCUCGCGCUCGCGGUAGCCAGCAGCGCUUUCAUCUAUCUCAAGUUCGGUCGCUCUCAAAAAAAGCCCGUCUUGGACCCCAAAGUAUGGCAAGAAUUCCCUUUGGUUGAGAAGAUCGUUCUGUCUCCAAACACCGCCAUUUAUCGGUUCGGUCUCCCCAACCCCAAAGAUAUCCUUGGUUUGCCGAUCGGUCAGCAUAUUCAGAUAGCGGCAGAAAUCAAUGGCAAAGAUAUCAUGAGGAGCUAUACACCGACUAGCAGCGACGACGACUUGGGCCACUUCGACCUGCUCAUCAAGGCCUAUGAGAAGGGUAACAUCUCGCGUCACGUGUCGUUGCUCAAACUCGGAGACAAGAUCCGUGUUAAAGGCCCUAGGGGCCAGUUCACUUAUUCGCCUCAGCUCUCUCGCGAGUUGGGCAUGAUCGCCGGAGGCACUGGUAUCACUCCGAUGCUCCAAAUUAUCCGUGCCGCCUUGAAAAACCCCUCCGACCGCACGAAGCUCAGCCUCAUCUACGCCAACGUGAAUGAAGAAGACAUCUUAUUGAAGAAGGAGCUCGACGAGCUCGCCGCCCAGCACCCCUCCAGGUUUAAGGUCUUCUACGUCUUGAACAACCCCCCUGCAGGCUGGACUGGUGGUGUCGGCUUUGUCAGUAAGGAUCAGAUCUCUACGCAUCUGCCUCCUACGGAUCACGACAUCAAGAUCUUGCUUUGCGGUCCACCGCCGAUGAUGGCUGCAAUGAAGAAAUACCUCGAUGAGUUGAAAUAUGCCGCGCCGCGUACUGUCAGCAAGCUUGUUGAUCAGGUCUUCUUGUUCUGAUCUCUACGUGUCGGGCCUUGAGCACGACGCGGUGUGUGUGCUAAGGAUAUAUACCUCGGAGAUGUAGAAGAGAUUAGAAAGCUGGACGCAGUAGAUGACAGAUGCUCACUCUAUCACUUGAUAUUGUGUAAUGCCUUGCUCGUCUGAAAUGUUUACUCACCGGAGUUUAGGAUAUUAGUUUUUGGAUUAGACUGGACGAGAUUUCUCGGCGGGGGUUCGGCUUUGUCACGCAACUGCGACAUGUAAGAGCUCGGCAGUACAAUGCAGACAUGUGGGCACCGGGAGUGCACCGGGUAUU